AUGGAAGGAGGUGGUGAAAGCUCAAGUAAGCUCAGACGUUGUAUAUCUCUGAAUAAAGGUGCAUGGAGUCCCGAAGAAGACGAGAAGUUGGUAGCUUAUAUCAGGAGAUAUGGAAUUUGGAACUGGAGUAAGAUGCCAAAACCUGCAGGUCUGUCGAGGUCUGGAAAGAGUUGCAGACUUCGUUGGAUGAACUAUCUGAGGCCGAAUAUUAAGCGUGGAAAAUUCAGCAAGGAAGAAGAGGAAACCAUAAUUGCUUUACAUAACAAGCUUGGAAACCGAUGGUCAACAAUCGCAACAAAAUUACCGGGAAGAACAGACAACGAUAUCAAAAACUACUGGCACACUCAUCUCAAAAAGCGCAGGAAGAACGACAUCAAUAAAAAACCAUCACAAGAAGUUUUAAUAUUUACGAAAACAAAAGAGAAUUCAACCGAGACUCAAGAACUUAUCAUUUCUCCAGAGCCAUCAAAUUCAGAAAGCUCCACUGUGAUUCAAAUGUCACCCUGUCAACCCAUAUCUGACCUUGUUGAGGAAAGAAAACUGACCAUGCUGGAAGAAGAAAUAAUAUUAUACGAUGAGGAGUACUGGGCAACAUAUGUAGACUACUCUUUGUGUGUUUUGAAUAGUGACUUCUAUAAUGAUGAGGUUGAGAAUGAUGUUUGGAUAAGCCUUUUUAUGGAUGAGAUUUAUUAG